GCCGCCCCGGCGAAGUUUCCCUGGGCGGCUCCGGGCGCGGAGCGAGCAUGAAGCCCGACGGGAAGGUGGUGCUCCUGGGCGACGUGAACGUGGGCAAGACGUCGCUGCUGCAACGCUACACCGAGCGCCGCUUCCGCGACACCGCCAGCACCGUCGGCGGCGCCUUCUGCCUCCGCCAGUGGGGGCCGCACAGCAUCUCCGUCUGGGACACGGCAGGUGAGCGGCGGCGGCGGCGGGACGCGACGCCCGGGCCGGGAGCGCCCUUGCCCGAAGAGGGGCCGCGGCCGCCGAGCGCCGGAGUCGGGGAAGAAGCGCUUCGACGGCGCCCGGCGUGGCCCCGCGGAGCGGCCAAGGCCGAGCCGGCCUCUUCCCGCCCCGGCCUCCCGGGCAGCGAAGGUGGCAAGAGGCUCGUCACGUCUGAAAGACGGACGCCGCCGACCUCGCGGCCUCUUGUCCCAGUCCGUCGGGGGCACGAGGCUCUCCGCAGGUUUUCCUGCCCCGGAUAACGUGGCUACGCCUGUGGCGCUUAGAAGGGCAGGAGCAUUUGCGGAGCAGAGUCCGCUCUGACAGAAGCUUCCGUGGUGAUCGCAAAUAUACACGGGGGCAGAAGAGGGGGGAAUGUAGCGGGAGAGACACAAGAGGCCCAAGUCCUUGCCAAUGCCAGCUUGGGCAUAGUGUGGAUUCAGCCUACUUCCUCCGCCUCCAAAACUCAUAACAAUGUGUUGUUUUGAUUGCAGCCUGCAUGCUUUUUUACCUAAUAGCAGCAUUAGGCAUAUAUUUGGAUAUAUGUUUCCUCUGUGGAUGCACAAAUUGUCUUAGGCAAUACACCUCUGGCCUUAUCUCCAGUGUGACAUGUUGUUGCCAUCUGUCUGGUGAGACAAUGGAGGGCGCCUUGGGUUGAAGUAGCUUUGGGUUGAGCGUUUUCAGGUUACACUCCGCGGCGACCCGGAAGUAACGGAACCGGGUUUCGCCACUUGCACAUGCGCAGAUGCUCAAAAUGAUGUCACAUGCGCGGAAGCGGCAAAUCACAACGCGCUGACGUGGGUUGCGUUCACUUCAGGAUGCGAAUGGGGCUCCGGAACAGAUCCCAUUCGCAUCCAGAGGUACCACUGUAUUAGCAGCCCCAAAGUGACCUCCCUGGGGAAGAAGCCUGAACAGGGUGUCUGGAGGAACCAGUGAAGGCGGUGAAGGUUCUGUGUGAGUGCCUGGAGGCAGUUGGAGGAUGGAUGGCGGCUAACAGAUUGAGGUUGAAUCCUGACAAGACAGAAGUACUGUUUUGGGGGGACAGGGGGCGGGCAGGUUUAGGGGAUUCCCUGGUCCUGAAUGGGGCAACUGUGCCCCUGAAGGACCAGCUGCGCAGCCUGGGAGUCAUUUUGGACUCACAGCUGUCCAUGGAGGCGCAGCUUAAUUCUGUUUCCAGGGCAGCUGUCUACCAGCUCCAUCUGGUAUGCAGGAUGAGACCCUCCCUGCCCACAGACUGUCUCAGCGGAGUGGUGCAUGCUCUGGUUAUCUCCUGCUUGGACUACUGCAGUGCGCUCUACGUGGGGCUACCUUUGAAGGUGACUCGGAAACUGCAAUUAAUCCAGAAUGCGGCAGCUAGACUGGUGACGGCCGCUGAGACCACAUAACACCAGUCCUGAAAGAUCUGCAUUGGCUCCCAGUACAUUUCCAAGCACAGUUCAGUGUUGGUGCUGACCUUUAAACCCAAAACGGCCUGUAUACCUGAAAGAUAAUCUCCACCCUCAUCAUUCAGCCCGGUCCAGCUCUGAGGUCCAGCUCUGAGGGCCUUCUGGCAACCUGUGAGAAGUGAGCUUACAGGGAACCAGGCAGAGGGCCUUCUCAGUGGUGGUGCCCACCCUGUGAAACGCCCACCCAGCAGAUUUCAAGGCAAUAAGCAACUAUCUUACUUUUAAAAGACACCUGAAGACAUCUGUUUAGGGAAGUUUUUAAUGUUUAAUGCUGGUGUUGUUGUUUAGUCGUUUAGUCGUGUCCGACUCUUCGUGAUCCCAUGGACCAGAGCACGCCAGGCACUUCUGUCUUCCACUGUCUCCCGCAGUUUGGUCAGGCUCAUGUUUGUAGCUUCGAGAACACUGUCCAACCAUCUCGUCCUCUGUCGUCCCCUUCUUGUGCCCUCCAUCUUUCCCAACAUCAGGGUCUUUUCCAGGGAGUCUUCUCUUCUCAUGAGGUAGCCAAAGUAUUGGCGCCUCAGCUUCAUGAUCUGUCCUUCCAGUGAGCACUCAGGGCUAAUUUCCUUAAGAAUGGAUGUGUUUGAUCUUCUUGUAGUCCAUGGGACUCUCAAGAGUCUCCUCCAGCACCAUAAUUCAAAAGCAUCAAUUCCUCAGCGAUCAGCCUUCUUUAUGGUCCAGCUCUCACUUCCAUACAUCACUACUGGGAAAACCAUGGCUUUAACUAUACGGACCUUUGUUGGCAAGGUGAUGUCUCUGCUUUUAAGAUGCUGUCUAGGUUUGCCAUCACCUUUCUCCCAAGGAGCAGGCGUCUUUUAAUUUCGUGACUGCUGUCACCAUCUGCAGUGAUCAUGGAGCCCAAGAAAGUAAAAUCUCUCACUGCCUCCAUUUCUUCCCCUUUUAUUUGCCAGGAGGUGAUGGGCCCAGUGGCCAUGAUCUUCGUUUUUUUGAUGUUGAGCUUCAGACCAUAUUUUGCGCUCUCCUCUUUCACCCUCAUUAAAAGGUUCUUUAAUUCCUCCUCACUUUCUGCCAUCAAGGUUGUGUUAUGUGCAUAUCUGAGGUUGUUGAUAUUUCUUCCGGCAAUCUUAAUUCCGGCUUGGGAUUCAUCCAGCCCAGCCUUUCGCAUGAUGAAUUCUGCAUAUAAGUUAAAUAAGCAGGGAGACAAUAUACAGCCUUGCCGUACUCCUUUCCCAAUUUUGAACCAAUCAGUUGUUCCAUAUGCAGUUCUAACUGUAGCUUCUUGUCCCACAUAGAGAUUUCUCAGGAGACAGAUGAGGUGAUCAGGCACUCCCAUUUCUUUAAGAACUUGCCAUAGUUUGCUGUGGUCGACACAGUCAAAGGCUUUUGCAUAGUCAAUGAAGCAGAAGUAGAUGUCUUUCUGGAACUCUCUAGCUUUCUCCAUAAUCCAGCGCAUGUUUGCAAUUUGGUCUCUGGUUCCUCUGCCUCUUCUAAAUCCAGCUUGCACUUCUGGGAGUUCUUGGUCCACAUACUGCUUGAGCCUUCCUUGUAGAAUUUUAAGCAUAACCUUGCUAGCGUGUGAAAUGAGUGCAAUUGUGUGGUAGUUGGAGCAUUCUUUGGCACUGCCCUUCUUUGGGAUUGGGAUGUAGACUGAUCUUCUCCAAUCCUCUGGCCAUUGUUGAGUUUUCCAAACUUGCUGGCAUAUUGAGUGUAGCACCUUAACAGCAUCAUCUUUUAAAAUUUUAAGUAGUUCAGCUGGAAUACCAUCACUUCCACUGGCCUUGUUAUUUGCAGUGCUUUCUAAGGCCCAUUUGACUUCACUCUCCAGGAUGUCUGGCUCAAGGUCAGCAACCACACUACCUGGGGUGUACGAGCCAUCCAUAUCUUUCUGGUAUAAUUCCUCUGUGUAUUCUUGCCACCUCUUCUUGAUGUCUUCUGUUUCUGUUAGGUCCUUACCACUUUUGUCCUUUAUUAUGGUAAUCUUUGUACGAAAUGUCCCUUUCAUAUCUCCAAUUUUCUUGAACAGAUCUUCCCAUUCUGUUGUUUUCCUCUAUUUCUUUGCAUUACUCAUUUAAGAAGGCCUUCUUGUCUCUCCUUGCUAUUUUUUGGAAAUCUGCAUUCAAUUUCCUCUAUCUUUCACUAUCUCCCUUGCGUUUUGCUUGCCUUCUCUCCCCUGCUAUUUGUAAGGCCUUGUUGGACAGCCACUUUGCUUUCUUGCAUUUCCUUUUCAUUGGGAUGGUUUCCGUUGCUGCCUCCUGUAUAAUGUUACGAGCCUCCAUCCAUAGUUCUUCAGGCACUCUGUCCACCAAAUCUAAAUCCUUAAACCUGUUCCUCACUUCCACUGUGUAUUCAUAAGGGAUUUGACUUAGAUUGUAUCUUACCGGCCCAGUGGUUUUUCCUACUUUCUUCAGUUUAAGCUUGAAUUUUGCUAUAAGAAGCUGAUGAUCUGAGCCACAGUCCGCUCCAGGUCUUGUUUUUGCUGACUGUAUAGAGCUUCUCCAUCCUUGGCUGCAGAGAAAAUAAUCAAUCUGAUUUUGAUGCUGCCCAUCUGGUGAUGUCCAUGUGUAGAGUCGUCUCUUGUGUUGUUGGAAAAGAGUGUUUGUGAUGACCAGCUUGUUCUCUUGGCAGAACUCUAUUAGCCUUUGCCCUGCUUCGUUUUGAACUCCAAGGCCAAACUUGCCAGUUGUUCCUUUUAUCUCUUGACUCCCUACUUUAGCAUUCCAAUCCCCUAUAAUGAGAAGAACAUCCUUCUCUGGUGUCAUUUCUAUAAGGUGUUGUAAGUCUUCAUAGAAUUGGUCAAUUUCAGUUUCUUCAGCACCAGUGGUUGGUGCAUAAACUUGGAUUACUGUGAUGUUAAAAGGUCUGCCUUGGAUUCGUAUCGAAAUCAUUCUAUCAUUUUUGAGAUUGCAUCCCAGUACAGCUUUCGCCACUCUUUUGUUGACUAUGAGGGCCACUCCAUUUCUUUUACGGGAUUCUUGCCCACAGUAGUAGAUAUGAUGGUCAUCCGAACUGAAUUCGCCCCUUCCCGUCCAUUUUAGUUCACUGAUGCCCAGGAUGUCAAUAUUUAUUCUUGCCAUCUCAUUUUUGACCACAUCCAACUUUCCCAGGUUCAUGGUUCUUAUAUUCCAGGUUCCUAUGCAAUAUUUUUCUUUACAGCAUUGGACUUUCCUUUCGCUUCCAGGCAUAUCCGCAACUGAGCGUCCUUUCGGCUUUGGCCCAGCCGCUUCAUCAGCUCUGAAUCUACUUGUACUUGUCCUCUGCUCUUCCUCAGUAGCAUGUUGGACGCCUUCCGACCUGAGGGGCUCAUCUUCCAGCGUCAUAACUUUUAUAUCCCUUUUGUCUUUGUCCAUGGAGUUUUCUUGGCAGGGAUACUGGAGUGGCUUGCCGGUUCCUGCUCCAGGUGGAUCACGUUUGGUCAAAACUCUCCACUAUGACCUGUCCAUCUUGGGUGGCCCUGCACGGCAUAGCUCAUAGCUUCUCUGAGUUAUUCAAGCCCCUUCGCCACGGCAAGGCAGUGAUCCAUGAAGGGGGUUUAAUGCUGUACUGUGCUUUUAAUAUUUGAUUGGAAGCCGCCCAGAGUGGCCGGGGAAACCCAGCCAAAUGGGUGGGGUAUAAAUAAAUAAUAAUAAAUUAUUAUUAUUAUUAAUCGCACCCUUAAGCCACAUACAUUUCAAAUACAUUUCAAACUGAACAGUGUUUACUUCUCAGUUUGAACUGAAACGACAUGCUUCAUGUGUAUCACCAUAGUCACAGUGAACUUAUAUAGAAGAUCUUUUGUAGUUAGUCUUAUGGAAAUGCAAGAUCCAUCACUUGUGAUCUUAAGAAUGUGAGGAUUUAACUUGAACUCGCUCAUUAGUGAUGUGUAAAAACAUGCAUAAGAUAUGCAUAAAGUUCAAAUUGCUAUGCAAGAAAGAAAAGUAGCUCACAGGGUCGGGGGUCUCCUUUGCCAUCAAACUAGUAACUCAGAGGUGUAUUUAUUCUGUUGGUUUUUCUGUAGCACUUUUCCUUUCACACCCAGUUAAGAUAAUUGAGUUUUACUGUCAGGUGUCCCAUUCUUAAAUGGCAGUUUUAAGGAUAUAUUAUAUAUAUAGUGUGUGUGUGUGUGUGUGUGUGUGUGUGUGUGUGUGUUAGGGGAUCAAGAUCAUUUAGAGUGGAUACGGAAUGCUUCAACACACCAAAAGUGGGCCAGAGUAUGUGGAAAUUAGGUGAAUACUGGAGCCUCUCACCUUCCUCCUCUUCCUCCUUGCAAGAUGUGCAAACACUGUUGCUUGUGUGCACCCCCCCCCCCGAGCCCCUUGGAAGAUAAAGGUAGUAUAUAAAUGUAAUAAAUGAAAUAAAAGACUUCUGCUUCUGCAGUGGGGCUUUCUCCCCCUCCUCUGCAAGCCCUCUGAAAUUGGCUUCGGGGUGGAAUUGGGAGUGCCCACCCCAGGCGUGGCAGAAGAAGAGGGGAUUGUUCCAUCUGGCAAGUCAAAAUGAUGUUCGUGUGAUGCUGAAUUCUAUCCUUUAAAAAUCAGUGAGGCUGUUUAUUUAUGGAGGUGGAUUUGGUUACAAUUGUGACUAGACUCUCCACUGUUGCCACUGCCCUCUAGGUUUAAGGUGCCAUGUGGCACCCAGUUUAUAUAUCUGAGUUUCUAACAAUGCGCAGUAACUACUGCCCGGGUCAUUUGGUUUGGUGUUUUGGCUGUCUUUUUCUUUUAACUCUGUUAACAAAGUUAGCAAGGUGUAUAGGUGAAAUGCUUUAUUAGCACUGUUGUGCAAACUAAAUAACAACAACAACGACAAACAAAUCUAUUUGCUUACCUUCUGUUUUUGAGUGCAAGUGAACAUGGGGUGUACGCAUGAUUCAUCGUUGGAUAUUCUGUUUUACAAUUGUUACGGUAAAAAUCUGGGUGCGAGGCUGCUCUGCCACCCAGCUCGUCGGACUAAGUCCACGGGUCCCUGCGGAAGAAAAUGAGCUCAGCCGAAGACAGGAGCAAGCAGGAGAAGAUCCAAGUUUAUUGCGCAACAGGUUCAAGGCGAGAUUGAACAGCGGGAAAGGGGUGACAUGAACUUUUAAAACUUCCCUCCAUGUCCCAGAAUACAGUGCAAAAUACAUCAUAGUUACAUCAUGAAUACAUUAAAGAGAGGUUGGGUUACACGGAUUACAUCAUGAAUACAUUAAAGAGAGGUUGGGUUACACCGGAUUAACAUAUAGAGGAGAGAGGGGAAAUAUGCAGAGCUGGAGAUAUGCGCAGAUAAGCACUUCCUGAGUACCGGUGAUGAGAAGACAAUGGUCCAUGUAUGUAUAGUCUGCCACCUGGCAUUGCCCAUAGGAAAGGCUUGGCAGAGCGAUUUGAUCGGAUUAGGGUCUUCCUGAGUACGUGACACCUUGCUCGAGGGAUCAUGGAGGUAGGGCAGGUGUUAUGGAGUCCUGAGGAGACUGAGCCGAUCGGCACCAAAAGCAAGGAAAUUGGAGUCGUGGUUGAUUUUAUACGAAUUUCUAAAGAUUUUAGUCCUUUUUAGUCCAUUUUAUAUUGGUAAUUGAAGUCGGAAACAAAAUAGAUACAUUGUAGCAAGAUUUGACACUUUUAUGAGUUCACAAGUUUCGGUUCCAUCGUUCUCGCAGCGGGGAGCCGUCAGCAGCUUGUCAGGAGGUUAAAUGAGGCGUGCAGGAGCUCACUGAGCUAGCUCUGCAAAGCGAAUGCGUGGUUCUGAUUGGGUAGAACGCAGCCAUUGAAAGGAAUAGGGAAUUACCGCUUCGUACGGUCAACCCAUAAUAAAGAUAGAGCGGGAAAGAGGCAUAAGAAUUUGGGCUUAUUUCGCCCGUAAUAGCGGAUCGGUGAAGGAAAGGGAAAAGGCAUUUUAUUCAUGGGGCUUGGGGUAGAGUGUGGUGCUUGUGUAACGGUGUGGGGGCUGAGGGGUCCACGUGGGCUGGGUGCCCUUGAGGUCAUCGCCUCGGACCCUCUGGUGACCGGUGGAAGGGUGAAGGAAGGCAUGCCCCCCCUCCUUCCGUAUCAACAAUGCAAAAAACAUCCCAGCCUGGCUGCCCCAUGGAGACUUAGCGGUUGUAAUAGUGACUAAGUUUCAGAGGAGACUUUUGUUUAUUUUGUUUUUUACUGCAGAAAGUAAGUUGAGGACUGAAUGUUCUGUACUGAACCAAGCACUGCAAGCUGUGCCUAAGGCAGAGCAAAAAGCCUGCUUUAUGGUUGACAAUAAAGAUUAAAUGGACAAGUGGUGGAACCCUUGUGUGAAAAAUCUUUUUAAAAUAUUUCUGUUUCUUGCUGCUAAAGAAUUAAAAACGUAAAAGAAAGUGGCCAUUUUCAGCUGUGGUAAAGAAUUUUCUAUGAGAUAAGUCAUGCUGUGGCUGUGAUGUUAAGGUGGAAAUAUUAAGGUAGACUGUGUUGUUAAUAAUAUCCCAAACAUCAAAUGCAUCCAGCAUGGCAAAGGUACCUUUGGAUUUCCUAGUGGCUGUUGGUAUUGUUCAACAGUUGAUGGUUGAACAAUUUAAAAUGAUCAUAUCGUCAUUUAUGAAUGUUUGCACCUCAAAAAAGAAUUAUUAUUUUAAAAAACCUCAUCUUUAUUUCAAUUUUACUACACAAACACCCACACCUGUUGGGUUGAAAUAAACGACAGACGAGUGGUAGGUGUCAUACGGGAGGCAUCUCCCCAACAUGUGUCGGGGAGUCCCUUUUAUUGAAUAUUACAGCAUUGCCACAUAUGUGCUUGUUGCUGAUUGGUUAACAUAAGUACAAAGCAAGGGUUGCAUAUAAGACAUUAAUCAUCGAUAGGUUAAAGGUUGGAAAAAAGAACGCAGAGUUUAGACAGGCAUGAUCUCCUUCUCAUCAUGAUUGAUAUGGUGCUACUAAUGGACUGCACGUUCCAGGGUGGUACGAAAGGAAUGUACACAGAGCGAUAAGUACAGAUUGAUAUGGUGUGAACUCAAGGUGAACAGAACGUACCAGGGUGGUACGAAAAGAAUGUAAAGAUAACUACCCAUCACACCCCCCAGAUGAAAAUGAAAAUUAUAAAUGAACAUACAAAAAGAAAAAGAAGAAAAAAUAAAAAUUAGACACAAAUAUGAAUAACUAAAAAGAAUAAAAGAUAAAUAUAUUGUACAGUACUAAGAUCCAGUAUAAAUUAGAAAAAAUAAUAUAAUUAUACCAUAUUUCAUUUCAUCUUUUCUUCUGGUUGAGUUCCAUUCCUCCUCAAAGCGGUUUCAUUUACAUCCUUUUAUAAACUGUUUCCUUUUUUUAAUAGUUCCAAUUCUCCCCUUAUCUCUUUCAUUCAAAUAUCAAUUUUUACAUUGUCAUUUGUUUUUUGCAGAAAUUAAUCAAAACAAGACCAAGUGUUAGUUUGGGGGCACUGCUUUUUAAGAUAAUCUCUGUAUUUAUCCCAGUCCUUUUGAAAUUUUUGUUUUGAUUUACCCCUAAUUGCCUCUGUUGUUCUGGCCAUUUCUAUAUAAUCGGGAAAAAAUUCUUGCCAAUCUUUUUUUGUUGGGGUUUCCUCCUUUUUCCAAUAUUUGGCAAUUAGGGAUAUUGCUGCUGCUGUGGCAUAAUUGUUUUUUAAAAAAUUAAGUCUGUGUCUAAAAUUCCCAGCAAGAAAGCUUUUGUUUUCUUGUUGAAAUUUUGCCUUUUUUUUUUUUUUAAAUUCUUCAUCGGAAAGCUUUAAUUUUAUCGAUUCACAAGCUGAGAAUUUCCGAAUUUCAUUCCACAUUUUUUCCAAUGGUGAUAGCAGUAUGGGUGUUCCUAAAUCUAUGGCCUGUUUGAUCAUUACAUCUUUUAUCUGUUCCUCCUUGACCUCCCAUUCCAAUAAAAUUUGAUAUAUUUUAGAAAUUAGUUUUGUCUUACUUUGUAAUAAUGUUUUAUCUAAUAAUGUUUUAUCUAAUAAUGAAAUCUCAUUGGCAAACCCUUUUUUCUUGUUGGCUUUGAACACUUGGUUGAUGGUACUAGAUCCAUCCCGUUAAAUGAUGUUUUAUCUCCUCAUAUUCUUUUAAUUUAAAUUUAUUAUCCCUUUCUUCUAAAAGUUCUUUAUAUUUAACCCAAUUCAAUUCCAUUUUUUUUUUUUGGCUGUUAGUGCUUCUAUAGGCAAGAUCCACCAGGGUGUUUUCAGCUCUAUUAGAUCUUUAUGCUUCUCCCAAACUCUAUAUGACUUUCUUACAAUAUGAUUAAGAAAGCCCCUGUGGACCUUAACCUUUUCGUAACUCAAGUAAGUAUGCCAUCCGAAACGGUUGUCAAAGCCUUCAAGAUCUAAUAAAUCUCCAUUUUGUAAACUCAUCCAUUCCUUUAGCCAAUUUAGGCAAACCGCAUCAUAAUAUAAUUUUAAAUCAGAGAGUGCCAGUCCCCCUCUAUUUUUAUUAUCUAAGAAUAAUUUGUGUUUAAUUCUUGGUGGUUUACUUUGCCAAAUGAAUCUUGAAAGGUCUUUUUGCCAUACUUUAAAACAUCCCACCCCUCCAAUAGUUGGUAUCAUUUGGUACAGAAAAAUAAACUUAGGCAUCACAAUCAUCUUAACCACUGAAAUUCUGCUGGAUAAUGAUACUCUUAACCUAUUCCAGAUUUCUAAAUCCCUUUUGAUCUCUUUCCAGAGUUUUGUAUAAUUAUCUUUGAAUAAAUUACUGUUUCUAUUCAUCAACCAGAUUCCCAAAUAUUUAGUUUUAUUCACUAUAGUCAAUCCUGAUAUUUCCUGUAGUUUUUCUUUUUCUUGAGCGGACAUAUUUUAUGCUAAUGUAUUAGAAUCAUAGAAUCAUAGAAUCAUAGAGUUGGAAGAGACCACAAGGGCCAUCGAGUCCAACCCCCUGCCAAGCAGGAAACACCAUCAGAGCACUCCUGACAUAUGGUUGUCAAGCCUCUGCUUAAAGACCUCCAAAGAAGGAGACUCCACCACACUCCUUGGCAGCAAAUUCCACUGUCGAACAGCUCUUACUGUCAGGAAGUUCUUCCUAAUGUUUAGGUGGAAUCUUCUUUCUGGUAGUUUGGAUCCAUUGCUCCGUGUCCGCUUCUCUGGAGCAGCAGAAAACAACCUUUCUCCCUCCUCUAUGUGACAUCCUUUUAUAUAUUGGAACAUGGCUAUCAUAUCACCCCUUAACCUCCUCUUCUCCAGGCUAAACAUGCCCAGCUCUCUUAGCCGUUCCUCAUAAGGCAUCGUUUCCAGGCCUUUGACCAUUUUGGUUGCCCUCCUCUGGACACGUUCCAGUUUGUCAAUGUCCUUCUUGAACUGUGGUGCCCAGAACUGGACACAGUACUCCAGGUGAGGUCUGACCAGAGCAGAAUACAGUGGCACUAUUACUUCCCUUGAUCUAGAUGCUAUACUCCUAUUGAUGCAGCCCAGAAUUGCAUUGGCUUUUUAGCUGCCGCGACACACUGUUGGCUCAUGUCAAGUUUGUGGUCAACCAAGACUCCUAGAUCCUUUUCACAUGUACUGCUCUCAAGCCAGGUGUCCCCCAUCUUGUAUUUGUGCCUCUCAUUUUUUUUGCCCAAGUGCAAUACUUUACAUUUCUCCCUGUUAAAAUUCAUCUUGUUUGUUUUGGCCCAGUUCUCUAAUCUGUCAAGGUCAUUUUGAAGUAUGAUCCUGUCCUCUGGGGUGUUAGCCACCCCUCCCAAUUUGGUGUCAUCUGCAAAUUUGAUCAGGAUGCCCUUGAGUCCAUCAUCCAAGUCGUUGAUAAAGAUGUUGAAUAAGACCGGGCCCAAGACAGAACCCUGUGGCACCCCACUAGUCACUCUUCUCCAGGAUGAAGAGGAACCAUUGAUGAGCACCCUUUGGGUUCGGUCAGUCAGCCAGUUACAAAUCCACUGAGUGGUAGCAUAGUCAAGACCGCAUUUUACCAGCUUCUUUACAAGAAUAUCAUGGGGCACCUUGUCAGAUGCCUUGCUGAAAUCAAGGUAGGCUACAUCCACUGGGUUCCCUUCAUCUACCAGGCUUGUAAUUCUGUCAAAAAACGAGAUCAGGUUAGUCUGACAUGACUUAUUUUUCAGAAAUCCAUGCUGACUAUUGGUGAUCACAGCAUUCCUUUCUAGGUGCUCACAGACUGUUUGCUUAAUGAUCUGCUCCAGAAUCUUCCCUGGUAUUGAUGUCAGACUGACUGGGCGGUAAUUAUUUGGGUCCUCUCUUUUCCCCUUUUUGAAAAUAGGGACAACAUUUGCCCUCCUCCAGUCUGCCGGGACUUCGCCUGUUCUCCAGGAAUUCUCAAAGAUGACUGCCAGUGGUUCUGAGAUCACAUCUGCCAGUUCUUUUAACACCUAUGUUUUCUUGUAACGUGUUUCCUGUAAACAAAUUAUAUCCCAUCUGUUUUUUUAAAGUAACUUGUCAGGGAACUGCCAUCGGCUCAGGGGCGAGAGGGGAAAAGCCGGAUGGAUUACAGAGAGCCCCCAAAGAUCGUGGGAAGCAGCACCUCCUCAGCGGUGGAGAGUAACCACGCCUCCAGUGGAGAGGAGCUUCAGGGCUCGGAGGAGGUGAGGCGGUGCCAGGACACCUUGCCUGAGCAAAGCGGCCCUCCCUGCGCAGUAGGCUUCUGCGCCGAGAGGGGAGGCACAGAUUGGGUGUCAAGAAACUACUCUGCUGGGGAAGGUUUAAGGACCGCCCACUCACAGAUUCUGCCAGUGAAUGAGCGAGCCACGGAAUAGUGGCGCUCUGCAUGGUGAAGGUUUUUUGGCACCAAUAACGAGGCUUUACAGCUGACCAGGGAGGCAUUUGCCUGAUUGCUCUUGAGUAACCCCCUGAAAUCCUUACAUAACUGUUCCACCUUUUUUCUUUUAGUCUUAUUGUUUAAGCCGUUAACAUUCCAUGAAAUGAUUUUUGAGGUCCAUUGAAUUAUGAAUUGUCAACACCUUUAUUUUAGUAUCUUAUAUUGAUUAGUUUAAGUGUUUUUGGGCAGGCAAAAUUAUUAAGGGACUAGUGAAAUUCUCCUAUGAAGAAAUGUUACAAUAGUGGAGGGGUCUUGUUUGAGGGACAGGAAGUGAAUAAAAUGUAUAAAAUUAUCAUGCUGUGGAGAUGCUUUUAUAUAAACAGAUUAGGGCAGAGCUUUGGCAGUGAAAUAUUUUCCAAAGAUCCUUUCAGUUGUGGGAAAAUUCUGAUGAGCAGCAGCAUCUAGCAGUCCUUGGCAUGGAGAAAGUGGUGGGUGGAGUUUGAGACCCCCAUUGCAGCCUGCCAAGACUCCGAGGGGUUUGACACACAGUUGGGGACAUGUUUUACCCACUCCUACGGGGGAGUGAAGGAGGGAGCCCCUCUGAAUUAGAGAAAUUCCUGCAAGGUGCUCCUGUCUCCGUAGUGAAUGGCAGGAAUAGUUCCAAAGGUUGUGGGACAAUCUUCUGGAGAACAAGAUUGCUACCAGAUUAAAAUCUGGUAGCAAACCUGCUCUCUCCUAGCCCAGGAGUUUGUUAUGAGUUUGUAAGUGCAAGACACUCUAAAAUCCAGAUCAAGCUAGUCUUAGAAUUGAAUUAAAAUUGAGUUAAAACUGUGUGUCGGACUUCCACAUAUCAGAAUCUAAUUCAUUAUUAAGCUGUAUGUCAGACACCUCUUUAAACCAAGGGAAUUGUUAAUAGUGCUAGAAGUUAAUUAAGUCAAGCUCGUUUUCUUUUGAGAGGAUAGCAUAGUCCUGCAUUAAUACAAAGGAUCAAGGGAUUCUUACUUCAACGGAGAGUUAGUUUAAAAGACAAUGCCAGUGUUUUAGGUUAGAGUUCAGGUAGGUGUUAUGCCACGGAGAUAGGAAGCAGCAAACUGGAGAGAGCCAGGAGCCAAGUUUGAGAGCCAUGUUUGAGGUCUGCUUAAAGUUCAAAGGUGCUGGAGCUAUGGGAGAAGGCAGAACCUCCUGGGGGGAUGAAUGCUGGGAGCCCCUCCAUGUAGACUCAGGUGGUAAGGUAAAGGUAAGGUAAAGGUAAAGGGACCCCUGACCAUUAGGUCCAGUCAUGGCCGACUCUGGGGUUGCAGCGCUCAUCUCACUUUAUUGGCCAAGGGAGCCGACAUACAGCUUCUGGGUCAUGUGGCCAGCAUGGCGAACCAGAGCAGCGCACGGAAACACCGUUUACCUUCCCACCAGAGUGGUACCUAUUUAUCUACUUGCACUUUGACAUGCUUUUGAACUGCUAGGUUGGCAGGAGCAGGGACCGAACAAUGGGAGUUCAUCCCGUCCCAGGGAUUCAAACCGCUGACCUUGCAAUCAGCAAGCCCUAGGCUCUGUGGUUUAACCCACAGUGCCACCUGUGUCCCUUGACUCAGGUGGUAUAUCUGUGUAAAUAGACCAUAGAUCAUAAAGACACCAGUCUCCACUGUGCCUCAUUUCCAAAAGUACCUGGAACCCCUGGAAUCUCACCCUGCUGUGUGGAUUGGGGUGGCAUGUAACAAUAUGUUGUUCAAGAGUGAAAGGCUGUUGAAGGCCCAAAGAUGUGACUUCCGGGUUGGCGCCUCUGGCAAUGGCGGAUUUCCUCCGAUCGGGAGGAAUCCGCUCCGUGGAAAACAGGGUCUGAACCGCCACGGCGAGGCGGAGACCCAUCAAAAACCACAGGCGGGAGAAGCCUGUGGACGUGGGAUUCGGCUGGCACCUUUGCGCCCCCCCACUCGCGGGGAAACCCUGUUUUGGGGAUCCGGAGCGACGUGGGGUGAGUGGCAUGGUGCUUUGAAUCGACUGCUUCUUUCACGGAGUGAAGCCGCAUUGCUGUUGCCGGAGAGCGCUGACUUUUUCCUGUGGACAAUUGGAUUUUAAACAACUGCCCGUGAGUAGAACGGAAAAUUGGACUAUGAAAUUUCUUAAUUAGGCACCGAAAGCGGCAAGGUCUAAACAGGAAGUCCGCCUUCUGCUUUUGUAGAUAGAGUGAAGCAAAGACACGGCAAGCUAGAGUUUAGAAAGUCGUUUGUAAAGGAUUAAAUUUUCAUCAUUUAAAAUUACUGAACCCCCCUUGGAAGCAGGAGAAGAGGGGGGAACCUUUUUUAGACUGUUUAAACCUGCAGAAGAGAGAGUAAAGAAAGGUAAUUUUCCACCAUCUUGAACCUGGGAGCGGGGUGUCAGGACAGACGUUUUGGGGAAGUUCAUUGACUAUGGACAAACGCUUUUGACAGAUAGUUAAAAGAAGAGAAACAUAUUGAUUUCAUUGUUCCCUUUUGCAUUUAAAAGGAACAAAAUAUCGACAAAAUAUCCGAAAAAGGAAAACUUUGUUGCUAGAUCUGCUUUAAAAAAAAAAGAAAAAGAUGGAUACAAAUAGAAAUUGUUUCCCCUAGAGGGAGCUUGUGAAACUGUUAUUAAAGUUGAACUGGGGAGCUUUGCAGCUGUAGAGAUUAAAGAUCAUGGGACCAGACUUCGACCUUGAACAAGAAUGUGCUCAGAGGCUUUGGUGCUUGCCUUUUGCAAGACAAGUGCUUUAUUGGAACGGUUACAUGAGAAGAUGGAUUUGAUGACUGUUGCGAUCGGAAAUUUUGGACAGGCAGUGGGUACUUAUAUAGAACCCACUCAGGAAUUAAUCCAGGAAUGUGCUUUGACAGAUCAGAUGAGGGAGGAGGUUGUUGCUGGACCUCGGGUGGCAGAGAUGGAGGGAGCUGUGGCCCAGCAGGAACAUGAGUCGUUGGAUUUGACGAAUGAACCUGGAAAAAGUCAGAUUUGGAGAGAUGGAGUUCUGUUUGGCUUGGAGAUGGGGGGCUGGAUGGACCCCCCUAUGCAGGGAUGUUUUGACCUCUCAAGUCUGGCUUUGGGCCAGGGGGAGUUCGGAGUUGUGGGGGCCCUUAACUUUGGAGGGACUUUGAAACAUGCCUUUAAAUACCACAUGGAUUUCAGUGUUGACUAUGGAAAAGGGGCUGACUUGUCGAGAAGGGACAGAAAUAUUGUCAAGCUGGAGUCUUCCCGAGUGAAAGGAGCAGAAGACAAAGUAAAGUACAGGUAUAAACAUGAAGAAGACCUGCGGAAGGGACAUGGAAAAGACUUAAGAGCCUCGGAUAUAAGGUCACCAGGUUGAUGGACUAGAUGGAUGGGAUAGAAAGGACUGACAAAACCCGAGACCAGGAAGAAGAGACAAUGGAUGAAGAUUGGAAGAAAGUUUUAAAAAUUUAUUUAGAAAAGUAUCGUAAAAUUAAUGAGUAUUAGAAAAAUGUUGGAAUGAAAUUAUUUGGCUUUAGCAGAAAUGUUAAAUAGAAUUAUGUAAGAAUAUGUUAUGGUUAAAAGAAUUUGGUAUAAAUAAGAUUUAAGUUUUACGUUUUAGGGUUUUUUAUGGUAAGAUAAGGUUAAAAUAGAUUAAGGUAAUUUAAUGACAGAAUAUUGUGAAAGAUGGAAAGGAUUUGCUGAGGUAAUUAACAACUAGAAUACAAAAAAGGGAGGUGUGAGGAGGUCGAUGAAAUAAGUUAAUGAAAGUUAAGGAUUUGGGAAUAUUGGAUUUGUUUUUAAUUUUUUUGUUUAUUUUUGCUUUUUGAUUUUGAUGCUUUGUGUGUUUUGUUUUUUCUUUUUGACUUUGGUUUUUAUUGAUUUGUAUUGUUUAAUUGUUACUUUUAUCUACCUUUUUCUUUCUUUCUCUCUUUCUCUUGUUUUUUCCUUCUUCUUUUUUUGUAACUUUAAAAUUCUCAAUAAAUAUCAUUAAAAAAAAAAAAGGCCCAAAGAUGUUUUGGAGGGGGGUCAUCAUGGCAUAGUGAGCUAAGAGACUGCUCAGUAUUGUCAGAUAACACCUUACAUUUCUGUCUUCUGUCCAUUUAUGCCAAAGCUCUGGAGAGGAUAUGGAUGUCAUGUUGGGGUGGCAAGUUCAACUCAGUUUAAAAUCAUCCAAGGUCCUCUGCUGAGCAAGUGAGAGAGAUAUUGUUCCCUAACUGGAAAGAAAGAGGUUAAAGGGGACAAGAAGCCCAGAAACUCUGUGACUGAGCAGCAGAGCAAGAAGAAUUGGGGAAGACUCACUAGGAGAGAGAGGGUGGCCAAGGCAGACCUGUCUCUCAUACCACAUACUUCUGUGAUGCUGCUGGAGAAUCUGUUUGCUUGUUUGUUAUAUAAUUGAAUAUAGACUGAAUGAAGUUGUGCUUCAUACAUCCAUGUUAUUUUCUGUCUUCUAGGUCGAGAACAAUUUCAUGGACUUGGAUCUAUGUACUGCAGAGGAGCAGCAGCUGUUAUCCUCACUUACGAUGUAACCAACUGGCAGAGCAUCUUGGAACUUGAGGAUCGGUUCCUGGCCUUGACAGACACUGCCAGUGCAGACUGCAUCUUUGCUAUUGUUGGGAACAAAGUGGAUCUCACAGAUGCUUUUGCCUUUUUGCCAGAAACAGAAGGUGAACGUCAGCCCCCCGAGCAGCCCAUCAACAGUCUCAUUUCUACCAAGUUGAAAAAACAAGUCCAUAUGAGUGAUGCCAUAGCACUUUAUAAGAAGAUCCUAAAAUACAAAAUGUUGGAUGAGAAGAAUGCUCCAGCAGCAGAAAAAAUGUGUUUUGAAACUAGUGCAAAAACAGGGUAUAAAGUGGACCACGUAUUUGAAACUGUAUUUGAGAUGGUAGUACCAGUAAUUUUGCAGCAGAAAACUGAAGGGUCACUGCAAACUGUAGAUUUAAAUAAUAUCAAGACAACUAAAAACAUACAAUCCAGCUGUUGCAAAUAAACAACAAAUGAAGGAUAUAUAAAAAAUAUAAAGGUGAACCAGAUCAACUACUUUUUUGGCAUAACAGAUCUAUGAAACUGAACUUGAUUAAUAGAAUGGAUUAACAGAGGCAAACACUUAAUUGGGGAAGGUUUGAAACAAUGGCAUAAAAUUUGACUUUAAAGCAAUUAUUUAAAACUUCUAUAUUCAGCUGAGUGUGAUUUAUCCACAUUAAAUAUGUUAUAUUCAUCUGUCUACUGUUUUUCACAUUCAUCUGUCCUGUCCAUUUUAGUAGUGCCAAUAUUUUUGCAUACAAAAAUUGCUAAAUUGUACUAACUAGAAACAAGUUAGUACAAGUGCUAAACAAGUACUAACUAGAAAAGACUGAUGUGCAUAUAUAGAGUGCAGGAACAGAAAAAAAUAGUUUCUUAGAACCAUAAAUUGUAGAGUUGGGUGCUUUGGAUAUGUAGCCGUCCUGAUUCAAACUGGUUAACCCCACACACUUCAUUCUCAUAGCUGUAAGGAUGGAGCCACAAUUGGAAGGGAAAAGUCCCGCACACUUCUGUCAGCAUAAUGUACAAGAGCGAUGAGAAUUUAGAAAGCUAGCUGUAAUCUUAGUCUGGAAGGUUAACAAAACCUUUAUCACCAUGUGUCACAUUUCAAACCCAAGAACCCCCCAAGUUUGUUUAGGAUCUUUAUCAGGUCAUGAGAAUUUCUACCCACCUAUAAUUAUAUACCGUAUUUUUCGCUCUAUAACACGCACCUGACCAUAACACGCACAUCGUUUUUAGAGGAGGAAAACAAGGGAAAAAACAUUCUGAAUGAAACAGUGGAUGUAUCAUUUUUGUGCUUCAUGCUGUGGCCACAGACAUGUGCUCUGAUGGUGAAUUUGGGCUGACCCAAUGCAAAGAUCCUGAGGAUCCAUGUGGACCCAUGCUUUUUAACCACGUUUUUGCACCAUUGCAGCCCCAGGCAACAGUGGGUGCGUGAUUUUUUUGGUGCAGGCUGUAGCUAUGGACAUGCUAUGUGAUCUGAUGGUGAAUUUGGGGUGACCCAAUGCAAAGAUCCUGAGGAUCCAUGUGGAUCCAUGCUUUUUCACCACAAUUUAAGUGGGGAGGGAAGGAAAAACACAGAAGGGACAAGGAGCACGAGAGGGGUGUGCAGAGAAGCAGCUGGCUAAGAAUGCAGGAGAAGGGUAUAACAGGAGGGAGGAAAGGAAGGCAA